AGUGCAAAUCAAAGUUCUUAAUGAAAUACAAUUUCAAUAGAAACAUUAAGGCAAACAUUUCGUUAUUUAUUAUUAGAGAAUAACUAGAAAGUAUUCUUUCUACCACAUUUGUACUUCAACAUAAUUUGUUUUUUAAUGAAGUAAAUUUGUCGGCAAUAACUUCGAAAACAAAGGAUAAAAAAGACGAUCUAAUCAAAAAAGUAAUUUGUAAAAAAUUUAAAAAAAAAACGAUUAAAAGAUGGAUCGCAGUAUCGAUUCAAUAGGCUCAUGCUCACUAGAUGCUGACUCUACAGAUUUUUCAGAUACAUCAGAAAGUAUAAAUUUCAUUUCACCUUCAGCAACACGUGAAAAUUUUACAGCCGGCAUUACAGAACGAGUUAAAAAGAUUCAAACGACACAACCUCUCACACCCAAACUAAUAUUAAAUCAACCAGCAAAUCAACGUACGGCAACAACGACUGCAUAUUUUGACGUUAAUUCGGGAAAAAUUAGCACAAUUGUUGAGAGCUACAUUAAUGGAAACUCUGAAAAAUUUUUAAGCACUAAAACAAUUGAGUUACAAUCUCCAACAAUAGUUACACAUGCUAAUAAGAAACCGAGUUACCUGAAUUUGGCUUGCUGUGUAAACGGAUACUCCAACUAUACAAAUUACGAUUCCAUUGAAAGAAAAGAAAUUAACAAAUCUCGCGAAGUAUCACCAAUAAGACCAAUUAUUACAAUGUCUCGACAACCAAGAUCAAAUGAUAAUUUAUUAUCAGUUCCACAACCUGUCACAUUUGUUAAGCAAUCCCCUUUAGCUAGUAUUACAAAACGAUUUGCAUCACUCAAUUUAAGCGAAAGUAGAGAUACGACUGACAAUGCCGUCAAUGGAAAUAUUUCAAAUCGUAAGAGUUUUAUACAACAACGUGUUGAAAAGCUUUAUGGUACCAGUAAAAUUCUCACAACAACGACAACUGUCAAGACUUCAGAAACAAUUAAUUUGAAUGGAAAAAAUCAUCAUGUGAAUGGUGGAUCGUCAGGAAAAGAAAUCGAUGAGAAGGAAAACGAUGAAGAGCUUUCCAUGAACUCUCUUCCUGUUAUGAAGCACUUGCGACCAGAGUUUUGCCGUCAGUUGAAUUUUUUAAACUCCCCUAAAAAGACACGAACAGGCAAUAACGCAAAUACAUUUAAAAGUGAAACUCAUACAGAAAACUCAAAUUUGGAAAAAGGAAAUUUAGUAAACCAAGUUAAUGAUAAAGAAUUAAUAGAAAAUCAAAUCAUAGAGACAAAUAAUAAGGAAAUUGUGAUGGAGAGUGUAAUUAAUAAAAACAUAUUGCCAAGUACACAAAAGUCAGAAAAUAACAAUAUAGAUAUAAGUAAUAACAACGAUAUUUUUAACGAAAAGAUGGAAAUAGUAAAUUGUGAAAAGACACCAUCUGAAACUGAAAUUAAAGACGGCAACUACUUUUUAAAAUUGUUGAACGCAGAAAAGGCAAGAAUUCUGAAGAUUGCUGAUGAGGUGGAAAGUGAAUUGAACGAUUUACAAUCUGAUCCGUCAAAAGUUCCCUCAGAAGAAGUUGUUGGUAUAAUUCUGUCAGCAAUUGGAAAAUCACGUCUUUUAGCUACUAAGAAAUUUAAGCAAUUUGAAGGCCUUUGUUAUGAGAAUCUCACACCUAAUAUGGAUGGUCCUCAAACUCUUUCUGGUGAUUUACAAGGAUUUUGGGAUAUGAUGAUGCUACAAGUUGAUAAUAUUGAUGCUGCAUUUGACGAUUUACAAAAAUGCCGAGCAAAUGGAUGGAAGAAGCCACAGCCACCGAGUCCAUUAAGUGCGCCAAAAGGCACACGUCUUACAAAAAGACCACUUUCACAAACGCAAAAUAAUAAAGGAAAGGUAACGUCUACAGUAGUAAAGAAAUCUUCCAUAGCAUCAUUAGAAGCAACCCAGAAGCGAGAUGAGCAAAGAAAGAUACUCUUAGAGAUGAAACGAAAACAAAAGGCUGCGAUGAAACAAAAUGGGACAUUAGAAACAACCGAAAACGACGAGAAAAAGGAAAAUUAAAUUGGAAUGAUCCUUUAUAGAAUCAUCUUUUGUGUGAAAGAAAACUUUUUUUUAUAAAUGAAUUGUUUUUGUUUUUCCCCUAAAGUUUUGUAGCUUUUAUAUUGAAACAGUUUAAUUGUUAAAUGCCUUUAAUAAUAUUCGCGUUUUUUUUUUAUCCUACUCAAGCAAGACAUGAAAUGUUAUCUUCUCAAUUUGAAAAUAGAAAUCAUUCUUCAUCUCUUAAUCGUCAGUUCAAUAUCACCAGAAAUUUAUUUUAGCAUUAUUUCUACCUGUAUGGAUAAGUUUAUAAUUUGUUUAAUAAUUAACUAAUAUUUUAUUUGUCAACAUUUUCCACUGAAAACCCUAUCUACCUU